AAUGUGUCGACAAUAAAGUUCGCCUCAAAAGUCAUUUUCAAAGCUCCGACACUACCAAAAGUACGGCCAGUUGUAGCCAAUUAUGGUGUGGCGCCCAACACUGCCUCCGCGGCCACUACACCGCCACCAAAGCCUAUUAACGUUACAAAAUAUACUAUAAUGAGUCCGCAAACGCCCGCUUCCGAUGACUCGUCCACUCCUUCAAAAGGAAAGCAUCGCUACGAGACUUCAUUGGGACAGUUGACCAGAAAGUUCAUCAGUUUAUUACAGAAUGCAUCCGAUGGCAUUCUGAAUCUGAACGAAGCGUCGACUGUAUUACAAGUCCAGAAGCGCCGCAUCUAUGAUAUCACUAACGUUCUCGAAGGCGUUGGGCUUUUGCACAAGACAUCCAAAAACAAUAUCCAAUGGAAAGGCGGUUCCAUCGAUGGCGGCCCUCAGGCCUCUUCGUCCGGCGCUUUCCAAUCCGAGUCCGUCAUCGCGAAGAAGAUUCAGAUGGAAAUGGAAAACGCGAGACUCGACGCCAAAGAACGAGAGCUGAACGAAUUGAUCGAAAUGGCCAACAAUGACCUCCGGGCCGCUCACGACAAUCAGGACAACAAGAGGUUCGCGUUCGUCACGUAUCGAGACAUUCGUGGAAUCAAAGAAUUUUCAGACCAGACUGUGAUAGCAAUUAAAGCCCCCUCUGAGACAAAGCUCGAAGUACCCGAUCCUAGAGAGAGCCUUCAAAUAUGGUUAAAGAGCGAAAAGGGAGAAAUUGAAGUAUACCUGUGCCCUGAAGACGAUGGUAUGACACUUAACUCUGAUGACGGAAAGGGAGAAUCAAUUCAUUCAGAUUUGAUGAGCACUAAUGGAGAUAAUCAAGAGAACGAUGGAUCUAAAGCUGAAGAGACGGCCCUAAAGUUUGCGUUCAUAUCAGAAGACGACGACUUGGGUCCGAUGGGUUCGAAGAGUUUUCUGAUGCAAACAGAAGACCAGUUGAAACUCGCCAAUGAAACCGCAUUGACCUCAUCUGAUCCGACCUCUAAUCUGCCAUUUUUGCAUUUAGAGCCUCCGCUCUCCGAAGAGGACUAUAACUUCACAUUAGAAGAGAGCGAAGGCAUCGCCGACUUGUUUGACGACGAUUUCUCCUUAACGUGAAUAUUGAUGAGUGAUUGUGUGAUUCGAUCGCUAGUUAUUAUUCCCCACAAAAUCGUUUGAUAUCUAUUUUAACGAAUGGAUUACUAUUUAAAUUGAAUAUAAGAUAUGAAAACCCAAACCUAAAAAGACAUUUUAACGACUGAUUUAUUUACAGUUAGCUAUCAAUGAGUACAUUAUUUAUAGUUUUUAAGGAAACAAAAUUUAUAUCAACAAUAUUAUUAAGUUUUAUUCAUAACACAAUACACAACACCCACUCACCCUCCAGGAGGCGUCUUAUGUUUAUGAAAGCCUCGGUUUUAAUUACUCCCUUAAUAUCUUAUAUUUUAUUGUAAAUUAUUAAACAUUUAAUGCUAUAAUUAUUUUUAUUUGUAAUGUAAAAUACAUUAACUGAAACAGUAAUGUAUUUUAUUCACCACUUUUUUGAUAAAUUAAUUACACAUUAUAUAAAUAUUAGUCGCUUUGACUGAACGUCCGGCGCCUUCGCUAUCCUUCCCGAACACCCGAUUAGAAGAGCGUCUAAAUUAAUUGUAUCGUCUUUUUAAUUGAAAUUUUAAUUUAAAAGUGUUUUAAACAAUGAUUUCUUCAUUUUUUGCAUACAAUUGUUUUUUGUACUCUUAAACCCUUAAACUUAUUUAUUAUGAAUUAUUUAAUCGAU